AUGAGUAAUUUAGAUAACAGACUGAAAAUAUUUAAUGCAGGUCCUGCGAGUCCUCCGAUAGCUGGUAAAGAGGCGUUAGAGAGUGCGUACGGACCCUUACAUCCUCCAAAUUGUGGCGCGAGCAAGAUCCUCGACCUACUUGGGAUAGUUAAUGGCGAACCAGCCAAGCUGGGCGCCUGGCCGUGGAUCGCCGCGUUGGGUUAUCGCAACGCCUCGAAUCCUCUGAAACCGAAAUUCCUGUGCGGUGGUACCCUGAUAUCGCGAAGGCACAUCCUGACAGCCGCGCACUGCGUCACGGACCCGGACCUGUACAUGGUUCGCAUCGGAGACUUGGAUUUGGAGAGCGACCAGGACGGGGCCUUCCCUGUCGAGUUGGAGAUCGAACAGAAGAUCGUGCAUCCCGAGUACGACAGUAAGAGACAAUCGAACGACAUCGCCGUCCUGAAGCUGAUGAAAGAUGUAAUUCUCACGGACUACAUUCAGCCCAUCUGUCUCCCAGUGGACGACCCUCUCAGACGCGACGACUUCUACGCGAAAAAUGCUUACCUUGCUGGCUGGGGAGCCACCUCGUUCCACGGACCAGCGAGCAGCAUUCUCCUGCAAACGCAGGUACCCGUGGUCAGUAUCGCCGAUUGCAAGUCAGCCUACUCCGGAGACCCGAAUCGAUUGAUCAACAACCGCACGAUAUGCGCUGGGCUCCAGCUGGGAGGAAAAGACGCUUGCGACGGUGACAGAGGAGGUCCUUUGAUGUUAGUCCAUGACAAAUCCGUCUACCUGAUCGGUGUCGAUUCCUUCGGCUACAAAUGCGCCGAACCUGGAUUCCCAACUGUCUACUCGAGAGUCACCGAGUACCUUGACUUCAUUCUUCCUCUAAUGGGUUAA